AAACAUUCCGUUUCCUCCCUGGCAUUGCCAAACUCUCCCCUAAAAUGACGGAAUCACCAACAAUCCGAUUCGGCAUGAUUGGAUGCGCCGAUAUAGCCCGCAAGAUUUCACGCGCCAUCGCGCUCGCUCCCAACGCAACACUUUAUGCCGUCGGAAGCCGCUCCCUCGACAAAGCCCGAAGAUUCGCCGCGGCUAACGGCUUCCCUGACGGUGCCAAGGUCUACGGUUCGUACGAGGCUGUUCUUGAUGACCCUGACGUUGAUGCAGUUUACAUGCCGCUCCCCACGAGCCUGCACGUGCGGUGGGCGGUGCUGGCAGCUCGCAAGAAGAAGCACGUACUGUUGGAGAAGCCUGUGGCUCUAAAUGCUGCUGAGUUUGACCAGAUAGUUGAAGCGUGCGAAUCCAAUGGAGUGCAGCUCAUGGACGGUACCAUGUGGAUACACCAUCCCCGCACUGCUUCGAUGAGGGAGUUCCUCUCCGAUGCCCACCGUUUUGGCCAGCUCAAAUCGAUUCACACCUGUUUUACAUUUGCUGCUGAUGCCGAUUUCCUUGAGAAUGACAUUCGUGUGAAACCAGACCUUGAUUCCCUUGGCUCUCUUGGUGAUGAAGGGUGGUAUUGUAUUAGGGCAAUCCUGUGGGCUGCCAACUACGAACUACCUAAAACUGUGUUAGCCUCGCCCAAGCCUGAGCUUAAUCAAGCUGGGGUGAUAUUGUCUUGUGGGGCUACUAUAUACUGGGAAGAUGGGAAAGUAGCAACCUUCUAUUGCUCCUUCUUGUCCAACUUGACAAUGGAUAUAACUGCUGUUGGUACAAAAGGAACUCUUCACGUGCAUGACUUCAUUAUCCCUUAUGAGGAGAAGGAGGCCACAUUUUAUGCAGCUUCAGAAUCAGGCUUUGAUGACCUUGUGACAAAGUGGGGUUCACAACCAAGCACGCAUAUAAUAAAAAAUGAAACCCCGCAGGAGGUCCUUAUGGUAAGAGAGUUUGCCCGUUUGGUGGCAGAUAUCAAUUCCAACAACUCGAAACCUGAGAAGAAGUGGCCAACAAUUAGUAGGAAAACUCAACUGGUAUUGGAUGCUGUGAAGGCUUCAAUUGAGAGGGGUUUUGAACCUGUUCAGAUUCAGGAGUGAGGUUAAGUACUGUUUCUGUGGCUUGGUACCAUCCGUGCUUGCGAAAUAAAAAUCUUUUGUUAUUAAUUUGUAAUAUUUAGCAAUUCACUCUUGCACUGUACUUGGAGGAGGGAUACAGGGUCUGUAGUCUUUACAAAACCGAAUAUCUUUUAAGUUCUUCAAGGAUGGUGACACUGAAUGAACUGAAUUACUAGUUCUAACAACUUCCUUACUGGUUUUCUAUAGUGAUGAUGGGAAUAAUUUUAUAGUUUAAUAUAUGAAUCACCAAAGUUGACAUUGUUU